GGCACUCAAAGAACUCGGCGGAGCUUCCAAGUUCCAACCUUGCGUUUCCCUCGAUUUCAUCGAUCCCUCCAACCAUCAUCACAUGCUCUCCAUUUAACCUUCUCCUUCUCCUUCUCCCAAUCCAGCCCAAUCUCCUCUUUCUCCUCUAAUCUUUGAAGAAUCCCUCCUGUUUUGAUCUCUCUCACUUGUACUUUUGGAUUUCGGUGCGAGAAUGGACUCCAUGAUUGUUUGCAAGUCUGUCUCCUCAGUUCCGGGGUUAUUUGUUAGUUCUGCCCGAGGAUUAAAGAGCUCACAAUGUAACUUUGCUUUGGGAAAUGCUCCAAACUUCCAAAAGAUAAGCUUGCGCAGGCAAAGGGCCGCUCAUGUCACUGGGAAAUCAAAGAGUUGUGGAGGUGGUGCUCUUAAUGCCACAUGCAGGGAUGAGAAGAUUCUUAUUGCAAAUAGAGGAGAAAUUGCUGUUCGUGUGAUACGAACUGCUCAUGAGAUGGGCAUACCAUGUGUGGCUGUGUACUCCACGAUUGAUAAGGAUGCUCUUCAUGUGAAACUUGCAGAUGAGGCUGUGUGCAUUGGUGAAGCACCCAGCAGCCAAUCGUAUUUGUUUGUUCCAAAUGUUCUAUCUGCUGCAGUUAGCCGUCGGUGCACUAUGUUGCAUCCUGGGUAUGGUUUCCUGGCUGAGAAUGCUGGUUUUGUUGAUAUAUGCCAUGAGCAUGGAAUCAACUUCAUUGGACCUAAUUCUGACAGCAUUCGAGUCAUGGGUGACAAAUCCACUGCUAGGGAAACAAUGAAGAAAGCAGGCGUCCCAACGGUGCCUGGAAGUGAUGGACUGCUACAGAGCACUGAGGAAGGUAUCAGGCUUGCGGAUGAAAUCGGCUAUCCUGUGAUGAUCAAGGCAACUGCUGGUGGUGGAGGACGUGGGAUGCGUCUUGCUAAGGAGCCUGAAGAGUUUGUCAAGUUGCUACAGCAAGCUAAGAGUGAAGCAGGUGCUGCAUUUGGGAAUGAUGGGGUCUAUUUAGAGAAGUAUGUCCAGAAUCCUAGGCAUAUCGAGUUUCAGGUUCUUGCAGAUAAGUAUGGAAAUGUGGUUCAUUUUGGGGAGCGUGACUGCAGCAUUCAGAGAAGAAAUCAGAAGCUUUUGGAAGAGGCUCCUUCCCCAGCUUUGACACCAGAACUACGUAAAGCUAUGGGUGAUGCUGCUGUUGCAGCAGCUGCUUCCAUAGGUUACAUUGGUGUUGGAACUGUAGAAUUUCUCUUGGAUGAAAGAGGCUCUUUCUACUUCAUGGAAAUGAACACUAGGAUCCAGGUGGAGCACCCUGUCACUGAAAUGAUUUCUUCAACCGAUCUUAUUGAGGAACAAAUUCGGGUUGCUCUUGGAGAGCGAUUAACAUACAAACAGGAAGAUAUUGUACUAAGAGGGCAUUCAAUUGAGUGCCGAAUUAAUGCGGAAGAUGCUUUUAAAGGAUUUCGUCCAGGCCCUGGAAGGAUUACAACAUAUUUACCAUCUGGAGGUCCAUUUGUAAGGAUGGACAGUCAUGUAUAUCCAGAUUAUGUGGUUCCUCCAAGCUAUGAUUCUCUAUUAGGAAAGCUUGUUGUCUGGGCUCCUACAAGGGAGAAGGCAAUUGAACGAAUGAAGAGAGCUCUCAAUGACACUGUUAUCACAGGAAUCCCUACAACCAUUGAAUACCAUAAACUGAUCCUUGAUAUCGAGGACUUCAGAAAUGGCAAGGUGGACACGGCAUUCAUUCCUAAGCAUGAAAAGGAGUUGGCAGAGCCCCAGAAGCUGAUUAUCUCUUCUUCUGCGAAAGAACUCGCGGGAUCCAGUGCCUGAUCAAUGUCGCUGCAACUCUCAAGCAAUGAGAUCCCGAAAGUAUUUAUUCUUAAUUCUUCCUCACCGACUGAUUUUGGCAUUAGAAUAAUUCAUAGUCUAGUUUCGAUUGAUUCGCCUUUUCUCAAAGUUUCAAAUAAACAAAAUUUUUGGUUGUUUAAUUAAGCAGGCAGACUAUGCCUCUAGCUUUUGUAAGGACCAGAAGUUCAACUUCAUUCUUUAAAUGGUUUGAGCUCUGUUCAAUGAAGUGUGAUGAUUUCCCAGCUUUUUUUUU